AUGGAGACUGAUAGUAACAAUUUUAGUGAACUCCAGGCCUCUGAGGCCAUGGCUACUUUAGCCAAGCUGCUGUCGCGGUCCGAUUUUCUAGAAAGUCAGUACUACUUUAGGAACCGCGCCGUGGACUCAGUCAGGAAAUUCGAGAAUGAUGCGGCUGUGACGAUUCAGAGCUGGUUCCGAGGGUGCCAAGUACGGGCCUAUAUCAGGCACUUGAACAGAGUAGUGACAAUUAUUCAAAAGUGGUGGAGAAGCUACUUAGGCAGAAAAUAUUAUCAACUUAUUGUUGAGGCAGCGUAUUAUACUAUGAAGAUGAAUCUCUACAAUGAAAUGGCUGUCAGGAUUCAGAGACGAUGGCGUGGCUUUAGGAUCCGGAAGUAUUGCUUUAAUUACUAUUAUUUGAAAGAAUAUUUGAGAGCUGUUUCAGAGACCAAUGAUGCAAUUAGGGAGGCUUUGGAGGAGUUCGCAGAAAUGAAAGAGAGAGAAGAAAGAAAGAUUCUCCUGGAACUGGAGGAGAAGCAGAAAGAUUACCAAGCCCGCAAGACGCAUUACCUGCUCAGCACAAAGCAGAUUUCAGGUGUGUACAACUCACCUUUCCGGGAGCAGCCUGACCCAUGGGAGGUGCGGCUGCAGAAGGCAAAGCCUUUGGAGCACCGGAAGGGCUCUGCUAUGAAGAGCAAGACAGCCCACAGUCUCAGCAGCUGGCUGGCGUGCACCAGUGCCCGCUCCUUCCCCCGGUCAGCAAGUCUGCCGCCUAUCGACAGGAAGCGGUGUCAGGGGCCCUUCCGAGACAUCAAUGAAGUCUUGGAACAGCGUUACAAGCCUUUGGAGCCUACCCUGAGGGUAUCGGAACCUAUCGACCACCUUCAUGUAGCCAGAGAGGCAUUCAAGCAAGAGGAACGGAUGCGCAACGUGCAAGACAAGAUGUUUUUGCCAUUUUCUUCCUACAAUAAAAAGGAGACGUACAUCCCAAUGAUACACACGUUGAGCACGUACGAUUCUCCCUCUUAUGGACAGAAGUACUUUCGCUGUCAAGACCCGAAGAAGUGGAUCUCUGACAAGGAUUUCCAGACUGUUCUGCCAUCGUUUGAACUCUUCUCAAAGUAUGGAAAGUUGUACUCGAAAGCUGGACAAAUUGUAUAAAGAGAACAGAAGACAUAAUGUGGAAAUGAGGU